CACGGAGCAGGGCGGGCGCGCGCAUGCGCGGCGGGCGGCGGCGGGCGCGGCGGAGCCGGGGCUGCCGGGGCUGCGGGCGCCAUGUCGGGCCGGUCGGUGCGCGCCGAGACCCGCAGCCGCGCCAAGGAUGACAUCAAGAAAGUGAUGGCGGCCAUCGAGCGCGUCCGCAGAUGGGAGAAGAAGUGGGUGACGGUGGGAGACACCUCGCUGCGGAUAUUCAAGUGGGUGCCGGUGGCCGACAGCAAGGAGAAAGAGAAAUCCAAAUCAAGCAGCAGCAAUGCCCGAGAGCCCAAUGGCUUCCCAGCUGACACCUCUGCCAACUCCUCUCUCCUCCUGGAGUUCCAAGGUGCUGUUUCUGCAGAUGAGAACAGCAACCAGAGCUCGCUGUCAGAUGUCUACCAGCUCAAGGUGGAUAGCAGCCCCAACUCCAGCCCCAGCCCCCAGCAGAGCGAGUCCAUGAGUCCUGCCCACACGUCCGACUUCCGCACGGACGACUCGCAGCCACCGACGCUGGGGCAGGAGACGCUGGAAGAGCCCUCCCUGCCUUCCUCAGAAGUUGCAGAUGAGCCUCCCACUCUCACAAAGGAAGAGCCGGUCCCCCUUGAGACUCAGGUAACUGAAGAGGAGGAGGAUUCCGGUGCACCGCCCCUGAAGAGAUUUUGUGCCGAUCAGAACUCUGUGUGCCACACGGCCUCGGAGAGCUAGCCUGCCCGGCCGGGAGAGCGCCUUCGCCAGCCCCUCGCAGAGCUGCCCGCCCGGCCCCGCCUGCCCUGCCCUCGCCUGCGCUCCCGGGGCCCUGCCAGCACCCGCAGAUCUGCCUCUAUUUAUUGGCUCCCUCUCCCCGCACCGCGCUGCCCUGGCGCUGCGGGGGUCUCGGCGGGUGGCUGCGUGCAGGGCUGUCCCGGGGCUCCCCGUGGCCCUGCCACGCCGGUGGAUGCUCUUUACCCGCUUGUGCCUCCCCCCUGCCCACCCUCCCCGGGGACGGGGGAGCCGCCUCCCACCCGCCCGGAGCGAUCGGGGGGGCCGGCCCCGCUGGGAUGCUGUGCAAUAACCCGCUCGUUUAAGCCAUUGGUGUCAGGGGAGGCGGGGGCGCUCCCCCCCACCCCGUGGGGCCGGUACCAGGCUGCUGCCGCUCUGCCCUGCCCCCGCGGGACCACCUCUCCCCGGUGGGGCCUCCAGCCGCUCUCCCGUGCCCAGGGGACCCCCCUCCCGGUCCUGGUAUUCGUGUCCCGGGUGGGGAAGGACGCCCAAGGUGCCCCGCGCCCCCGCCACCUCCUGUCCGUCCCCGUCCCCCCCUGCCGCCACUGCAUGUCCCGCCGAGUCUGUGAUCGAGCCUGGCGAAGCCGAAGCGCGGCUGCGCGCGGAGUGAAACUUAUUUUAGCACUGAAUAGAAUAUUUUUAAAAUUAAACUAUUUGAAAUAACA